CCGUCGGAACCAUGAAGCCUCGGUGUGCAUCGCUGCAAUGCAACAGUGCCAUCUAUGGAGCUGCAGCCCCGUCCUGCAUGCAUCACGUUGCAGCCUGUGUGCGUCCAGACGCCGCCGCCUGUGGACGCGCCUGUCAUCUGGAGGAAACUCCUCCCCGCAGACAGCGCGUCCUGUCGCCUUCCCAGCGCAAUGGUCUCCUGGAUCAUCUCUAGACUUGUGGUACUUGUUUUUGGUACUCUAUAUCCUGCUUACUCGUCUUAUAAGGCUGUGAAGACAAAAGAUGUGAGAGAAUAUGUGAAAUGGAUGAUGUACUGGAUAAUAUUCGCCCUUUUUACUACAGUGGAGGUGUUUACAGAUAUGUUUCUUUGUUGGCUUCCUUUCUACUACGAGCUGAAGAUAGCCUUCGUUGUGUGGCUCCUGUCGCCGUACACCAAGGGCUCCAGUGUGCUGUACAGGAAGUUCGUCCAUCCCACGCUUUCCUCAAAAGAAAAGGACAUCGAUGAGUACAUCUGCCAAGCAAAAGACAAAAGCUACGACACAUUGGUGCAUUUUGGGAGGAAAGGACUGAAUGUUGCAGCCACAGCUGCAGUUAUGGCUGCUGCAAAGGGUCAAGGUGUUCUGUCGGACAGAUUACGGAGUUUCAGCAUGCAGGAUCUGUCGUCCUACCAGUCUGACCCGAACGAGACCGGACCCAGCGCCGCCCAGCCCGCCGCAGCUCAGCACCGAACCAGACCCAUCAUCCGCAGCAAGUCAGAGAGCCACAAGGAUUUUGACAUGAAUGAGUAUGAGGUUCUGGGCUUGGAGCAGUUGGACUCCGCAGAGUUUCUGGCUCUGCCCCAGUCCGGCCCGCUCUCCGCUCCCGCUCCGCCCGCCAGUCCUGCAGCUCAGGAGCAGACUGAGGAAGGGCCGGGGAAGGAGGUGCAGGCCACGUCGAGCUCCCCGCAGCUCAGGAUGAGCAAGAGGAGAGCUCCGGAGGUACGCAGCCUGCCUCCUCUUAGAGUCCUGAGGCCUCUCACAAGAUCCAGGAGUGCUCUUUCUUCAAACAACGAAGCCAUGUGAAGCCGUCUCCUCCAGCUGCCUUCGCUGCAACGAGUAAAAAUACCGAAUGGCCAGAAGCUCCACGACUGAAGCAGCCCUGCUUUGAAAUGCCGUUUUACCAAAGUGACCUACGAAGACCCCUAAUUCACAGCAUAAAUAUAUAUAUAUAUAUAGAUAUAUAUAUAUAAACCCCAGUGGCUCAUGAUGUUAAGAGGAACGAGGUUUGGUCGCUCCAUGUUGACAGACACUUUGCAUUUAAAUAUGUAUUUAUGUACAGUUUGCGUACUUUAUCUCAUGCUUUUGGUUGUUUUUAUAUAUCAGAGGUGGUUGCAUGUGUGUUCCUCGUCAUUGGUCUUAGUUUUUACGAAUGUACUUUAGAGGAAAUCAUCACCAUGGAGAAGGAACGAGACUCAAGCCGAGGACUCAAACAAAACACUGCUUUUGUUUUGUUUUAUUUAUUGUGAUUCACGAAAUGAUCCAUGCUUUCAUCGUCCACUUAUCAGACGUUUACCUCUCUCUGUCUCUUUCUCUCUCUGUGGGCCUUAAAGAAACAGAAACCCAAAAUUAUUUGCACUAUGUCAAUAAUAUACAUCACUGCCCUCAGACAAAGUUGUGGCUCAGUUUUCUUAUCAACUAUUAUUUUUAAGAGUUUGAUUUCUUCCGUCUGUGCUUCACUACAAUCACUUUGGUUUCUAAAGACUGAAUAUUUCUUAAAAGAUUUAGAAAUUUAAAGGUGACUUAUUAUGAAAGAUUCACAUUUUGCACGUUUUUAUACUUCCAUUUGAGUCUCUACUGCUUCUAAAAAGAAAAAAAACACUCUGCCAUUGUUUGGCAAUAACUUAAUAUUUUUUGGUGUCUGGAAAAGGAGCAGUUUCAAAACGUCCCCAUUUUUAAGUCACAUUUGCGCCACGUUGUUACCUAGCAAGCCCAGCCAAGCCCAGCCCUGUCACCUGGCAACCCCAGUCAAGCCCAGCCCUGUCACCUAGCAACCCCAGCCAAGCCCAGCCCUGUCACCUGGCAACCCCAGCCAAGCCCAGCCCUGUCACCUAGCAACCCCAGCCAAGCCCAGCCCUGUCACCUGGCAACCCCAGCCAAGCCCAGCCCUGUCACCUAGCAACCCCAGCCAAGCCCAGCCCUGUUACCUGGCAACCCCAGCAGAACUCCAGACUAAAAACUCAUAUUUUCAGAAUGAUUACAUGAUACAUGUUUUGUGUCGCCCGUAGAUCUAUCCUAACCUGUUCAAGUAAGCAUAAUAGGUCACCUUUAAGGCUGAAAACUGCUAAAUGAAGUGAAUUUUUAUGUUUGAAAUCACUUAUUGCUGUUGACUGAGCAGCUCUGCACACUCUGGUUGUUCCUCCUGGUGACCUGAGCCGCUUUUUGUUGUAGUUUAUUCACUGAGCCCGAACCUGAUUUUCACUGUGUUGGUGUGCAGUAAUCUUACAUGGUUGCAUCUGUAUCUUUUACGGUGGUAAAAGAAGAAAAAAAAACCCAGAAGCUUCUCAGGUACAACUGUUCUGUUUACAUCAUUCACUCUGAUAUUGUAGAUAUACUUAUUAUGCACAUUAAACUGUUCUUUCAGUGGAUUAAAUUGUGGAAAAGAAGCAGGAUGUUUCUAAUCAUGUGUCAGUGCAGUCAGUGAUAGUGUUGGAGGUGAUUUCCAUACAUUAAAUUUAAUGCUCAAGCUUUCUGCAUGAUAUUAAUUUUUAUGAACAUUUGAUGAUUUUAUGUGAAGCCACUCUGGUUUAGUUUCUCUGUAGACACAUAAAAUAUAACGUAUUUGGUUGUGCUACCGAAAAAUCAGCUUUCUCAGACAUUUAGAGUCAUGUGAAAAAAUGAGGACACCCCAAAAAAUUAUUUCUUUGCUCUAAAAGAAAAAAAAAGUACAUUGUUUUACAUAAUAAACACAGGGAAAAAAUCCCACAGGAGCUCAAUGAGAUCCAGAUCUGGGCCAACUUGCUUCAUUACAUUCAAUUCCUUCGUUUCCAGUCAUUUCGUUGUGAAUUUCCCGGCAUGUUUUGGGCCAUUUUCAAGUUUAAAAUGGCUCUACUUUAAAUUUUUCAUGAUGAAUUUCAUUAGGUUGAGCCGGACAUUUGGUUUGCGUCAAAAAUGUCCUCUGUUCUUGUAUCCGAAUACAAGGUUUCAGCUGGUUUCAAAAACUCAAAGUUUAACACUGUUAUGAUUGGAAUUUAAGAUUAGUAUUGUGACAGAAAUGUGCGGACGUCAUCCAGCCAAUAAAUUUGCAUCUACCUAUGAUCGCCACAAAAAGCUAGCUACUUAGCUAGCGAAGAUAUGCUAGCAGUGAGAUGUCGCUAACUUCAACCGUUACAUAACGUAUUCAUAUUGCUUUUAAUAUCAACAGUAGCAAGAUCCUGCUGUAGAUUCUGAGAGGUUUUUGAAGACUUAUUAAAAGUCUGAUUAGACCUUCUUUCAGUGUUGUAGUUUGACCGUCACCCAGAAUAAGGCGGCGCUGGUCAUCCUUAAGCGGAGCCGUUGAUACAGAAACAAAGAUGGCGGGCAAAACAAAUUGGGGGAAAAAACGGUCCUAACAGAGUCCGGUGUGGGAUAAAUAAAGUAUUUUAUGUGGUAGUUUUAAAAUAUAAACAAUCAAUGAGCUUCUUAAGUUUAACAUCAACAGUGCUUAUUCAGCUGAACUGCAUGAUGGACAGCAUAUAAUAAAAAAAAUGGCCUUUUAUGUUAUUGGCCACCAUACUCUUGAUAAAAGGGAAAACUCAGGUCUUUACGAAAAUGACAGCUUAUGAAUUAAUCAUUAGUAGAUUAGGAUCAAUCAACUUUAGACUAACUCAACUGAUCACUGAUCAGACCUCUUCCCUAUCAAACUUACUAGCGCUUUCAUUUCUUUUAAUAUUUAUUUUUCUAUAUUGAUAAACCUGAUUAAUAUCUAAAUGUCCCAAAAUUAAAUAUUAGCAAACACAGGCUUUAGCAGGGUGUCCUAAUUUAUUCACGACUGUAAAUCCAAUUCAGUCCUUCAAUUUUUCUGGCAGGCCAGAAUGAAACAUUUCUUCAGUAACUAAUUGAUGUCAACUCAAAGUAAAAAGCAAAGAUGUGAUGACAUAAUUCAUAACUGUUGAUUUAUGACUCCAAACAACUUCAUACACAAUAAUAAAAAAAUAGACAGCACAU